CAAAGACUUGCUCUGCUUUUGGAUGGUAUACCAUACAACGACUUCUUUCCAAAACGGCAGCCGCAACCCCUUGGAUAGCAUUGGUUUUCUGAAAGGAACGCACUUCUUCAUUUUCUUCCUGUUCUCAUUGCUGGAAGAGUGAGGUGCAUUUUUUUUCCAAGCUUCAGAAGUUUGCAGUUGGUGGUUGCUCUUGGCUGCAUUCCACGUCUUUUGACUUUUGCAUUUGGCAGCGCCUCUCCUUUGCGCACCUGCCACGUUGAACAAGACCCACCGUAUUCUUUACACUAAGAAUUGGUGUCAAGAUACGAGGCCUGGGAGCGUGUGAGACCUGACGACACAGUUUUUGAUCUCUUUGUCGCGAUCUCUCUUUCCCCCUUUUUUUUUGUUGGACGGUGGCACAAAAGAGAGAUUUUGAUCAGCGCCAUGGCCCUCUGAGUGCCGAUCCAUCUCGUUGUUUAGUUUGUUUCUGAUGUGGCGGAUGAGUUGCUGACCUCUCAUUCGUCACAAACAAGCCGUGCGUGAGGCUUUGUGAUCCAUCCCCCUUUUCAGUUUUCUCCCCUUUCUUUUGUUUGCGUAUCUUUGACAUACGUGUCAAGAUGGCGGCGUUAGCUCCUUUGCCUUUGUUCCCUCUUCCCGUCGAUGCUUCCAAUGACUGGCUCGAUGACUUGGCCGAUGACAUGCCCGAGGAUGACUACGACAUGGAGAUUGAGGAGGCCAUCUCCUGGGAACAAUCUCUUGCCGAGGACUUUCAAAUGCAUGUUGCAAAAGCUCUCAGCGUUCUCUCCAACGUCCGUGCUCAGCAGCGUCCCGACAAUGCCUGUGGUCCCGCCGACAUUCUGCCUCAACUUUGCCUGGGUGAUGCCAGCCAUGCGUUGGAUGUCGAACAAUUGCGACGUGCUGGUGUUUCUGGCGUGGUCAACUGCGCCGAGUCGGCUACUCUGUCGUCUCGGUCCGACUACCCCGCUGAAUGGGAGUAUCUGGGUUUCGAUGCCCAAGAUCACUCCCAUUACGACAUGCUCGGAAACCACUUUGAGCAGGUCGCUGCCUUUAUCGAUGCCGCUGCCGCCGCCAAGCGCAAGGUUCUCAUCCAUUGCCAAGCCGGCGUGAACCGCUCGGCCAUGAUUGUCGUGGCUUAUUACAUGCUUUCAACCCAUACGCCUUUGUUGGCUGCUUUGGAUCAUUGCGCGCGACAGCGCCCUUGCAUCCUUCGCAACGUGGGAUUUAUUGAGCAACUGGUUGUCUUUGCGCACGAACACAACCUGCUCGACGAGUGAAGUUGUCGUCACGCUGAUGGGGACUGGGGCCUGUGGCCCGUCCCUUGGCCGGCUUUGCCGAGUCUGACGACGCUCUUCUCGGGUCCUAAGGUGCCAAUCAUCUAGUUCAACCGCCUUGUGGUUGCAACUGGUGGUGUCAAGACCCGCUGUGUUUUUACUUUUGUCACAAUCACCAUCCAUUUGUGCCUUUGUGCCGUUGUCACGCUUGCUGUUCGCAUGAGUUGCCUGCUUGACGUUUUAUAAUGGUCUCUUUGUGUCAUUCCUGUCCCUACUCUCUUUACACUUUUCUUUUUUGAUACCUUUUUCUUUCGUUUCUUGCUGGUGGUGGUGUCCUGUUGCUUUUAUUGGCUGAGUGGGGCUUGAAGUCUGUCCGAGCAUGAGUCAUGUGGCACAUGCUUGGGCAUUCUCAGCCUUCUCGAGACCUUAAUCGCUUUGCUGGGAUUCGUCGUGUACUCCCCCACGACGUUGGCCUUGUGCUUUGUGCCAACACCGCAAUCGCUUUCUACUUGUUGAUGAAAAGCGGGGGAGGCCUUGAGUCGGUACCCCAUUUGCAAUGGGCUACGACCUUGGCAGAACUUCUACUGCAAUUGAGUUGCAGGCUGGG